UAAAGAAACUCAAAACACAAAGCUUUUUCGUUUCUAGUAGUCUUCACAAAUUCUUCUUUCAACACAAAUCUUUAACCAAAUAUUUAAACAUUAUGGAUAUGGUGAUGAAGUUGGGUGCACAAAGUCCAGUUGUGAUUUUUAGCAGAAGUACUUGUUGCAUGUCUCACACUAUCGAAACGUUAAUUCGAAAUUUCGGAGCAAAUCCUACAGUUUAUGAGCUUGAUAGACUUCAGAAUGGGAGGGAAUUGGAAAGGGCAUUGAUUGAAUUAGGGUGUCAACCAAGUUUUCCUGCUGUGUUCAUAGGAAAUGAAUUGGUUGGUGGUUCUAAUGAAAUCAUGAGUCUCAACAUUAGAGGCAAACUCAAGCAAUUGCUCAUUAGGGCUAAUGCAAUUUGGGUAUAGAAAUAUAUACUUUAAAUUUCUAGCUAAAAAGUGUAGGGCUUGAUGUCAUUUUUGGGCAGCAAUGUACCUAGCUAUUGAGGUUUUUUUUUCUCAUCUCCAAUUUUGUGGUUGAUGUAUUAAUAAAGCAAUAUUCUGGCCAUAAUCAAUUACUAGUUCAUAUCCA